AUUGCCAUUCCAAACAGCCCUAAAAUUUCAACACUAGCAUGGAGUAUCAACCAUGGUUACCUCGCUUGCGGUGGUGAGAAUGGUUUGUUGAAGGUUCUCAAAUUCGAGUCGUGCGAAUUCGAUGCAAUAAAUGCAUCAUGUUUGCAAAACAGCAUAUCAAUGAAUCAGACGCUGGAGGGACAUUCUGGUACAAUUCAGUUGAUAACCUGGAACGAACAAUUUGCAAAGUUGACAACAGCUGACGAGCACGGCGUUAUUAUAGUGUGGAUGCUUUAUAAAGGUUCUUGGUACGAAGAAAUGAUAAAUAACAGGAACAAGUCUCGCGUUCGUGGUUUAAAGUGGGACAAGGAAGGUCGACGUAUUUGUAUUGCGUAUGAAGAUGGUGCUGUCAUAGUAGGAUCAGUUGAUGGAAAUCGCAUAUGGUGUAAAGAGUUGAAGUGUGCAGAACUGAUUUGUGCUGACUGGGCACCUCAUGGUCGAUCUAUUUUGUUUGGUCUUUCAUCUGGUGAAAUUCACGUCUACGAUUCCCUUGGAAUCUUUUUAGUAAUAUUAUCUGUCUAUAGUAUAACGGUUUAUUGGAUCAGAUACUUGCCUUUCAAUACAAAAUUGCCAAUUUAUUGCCUUUACGAUAUCCAUGGUGUCGUAUCACUAGUUGACUUCACAUGGUAUCGUUUUGGCAAAGGCCUAUGUGAUCCCGAAAUCCCUUCAUUGGCUGUCUGCUUUGACGUAGGGCGGUGUCAAAUAAUGCGGAAUGAUCAGGAUCCAACCCCUAUUCUCCUUGAUACCGGACUUAAUAUAACGUGUUGCGCAUGGAACGAAAGCGGUUCAGUUUUAGCAAUUUGUGGGCAACAGAGAUUCGCGUGCGAUUCCGAACCUGACACUAUUGAGAAUGUUGGUGUAGUUCAAUUCUACAAUCCCUUUGGUGACGAGAAAUCCUUUGAAACAGUUUCACUGCCUGAAUAUUUUUCUUUUAAGCAUUUACAUUCCCUAACAAUACCAGGCAAAGGACCAGCUGCUUGUACUUGGGAGGGUAAUGGUUCCCUCCGACUUGCAAUGGCCAUUGACUCCUACAUCUACUUUGCAAAUGUGAGACUUAACUAUCAUUGGGCGUUCUGCGCGAAUGUCCACACCUUGGUGUAUGCUUUCACUAGGAGUGAUGCUAAUGAUAAAUGCGUGAUGUUUUGGAACGUUAAGACAGGAGUGGUAAGGAGUAUUAUGCUAUUCACUGCAAAAAAUAGACACAUAUACGGCCAGUGGACAAUCUUUUGGGAAUUUGUGGUAACGGAGAUUUCUGUGCUGUCGCACACAAAAUUAAUUCAGUUAACACGCCUGUUGUACAUUUGCAAGACAAUUCCUACUACUUUAUUUCUGCUUGCAUAUCAAAUAACCGUGUACAACAGUCUGGGGUGCAUUGCUGAUUCCGUAAACAUGGAGAUGGAGCCGAAGUUUUCAGCAAUGAUAGGGAAUUAUGUGGUGGUUGCAAAUGCAUCAGUCAUCUUUUUGUGGCAGUUUAAAAACCCCAAAACUCUUUCUGGAAUCGGAUUUGCUGUCAAAACUAGAAAUAAGACGAGGAAGACCAUUCAGCGGAUGUGUCAUAUUGAUCACAAAGACGGGUCCCUUGCCUCUCAACCUCCUCCCAGUCUGGAUGGCUCUUCUUCUACCGCAGCUGACACCAACAUGGCCAAGCUACUAGCCACUGAACCCUCGGAAAAUCCCAUCGUGGCUCUUACAGUCAGUGAAACACGAAGUCUCUUCAUUGCUCGUAGCAACGGUGAUGUGAGCCGCUACCGUCUGCCCGAGCUUUGGCCUGAAGUUUGUGUUCACGCAACCGACAAACUUCCCAUCCGUAUCGAGGUUAACUGUGAUGCAACGUUUUUCGGUCUCAUUGACGAACAUGGAGUACUCUCAUUGCAUCCUAUUCCCGAGAGUGAAGAUAGCGACGCCUCAUUGAUGGAGCAACUCUCCACUAAAUUUGCUGAUUUCUCUCGUAAAGAAGUUUGGGACUUGAAAUUCUCAACCGACACUCCAAGUACAUUCGUCAUAAUGGAGAAGAAUAAGUUGGUCGUGUUUCGCGACACUGAGGCAGAACCGCCCAUUCUCUCAAGUGUCUACAUUGCUCGCUUCUCCGACCUUGAAGUCGUUGGUGUCCAAUUGGAUGACAUAGUACAGCACUGCGAGCAUCCGAAAUUGGAGCUUGUUACUCGGAUUCCAUGCAAAGUUCUUGCUGAAUGCAGGAGUCUUCUUGAGCAUAAGCUAUUGGACAAGGCAAAAGCCUUUGUGGAGGAACAUCCACAUCCGAAAUUGUGGCAAACAUACGCAGAAUCCUCAUUGCACGAAAUGCAGUUAAACGAAGCCGAAGUAGGUUUUGUGAUGUGUCAGUACUACCAAGGCAUCGACUUUGUUAAGAAGCUUCGUAACAUUCAGUCAGAAGUGGUGCGAAGGGCUGAAGUUCGAGCGUAUUUUGGCGAUUUCGAUGGAGCAGAACGCUUGUAUCUUAGCGCUGACAGAUGCGACUUAGCUAUCAGUUUGCGCCGACGACUGGGUGACUGGUUUAGAGUAGCUCAACUGACCAAAGAGUCUGGAGCGGUGAUACGAGACAGCGAACUAACUGAAGUUUGGAAUGCACUAGGCGACCACUAUUAUGAUAAGGCACAAUGGCCACAAGCCUCCGAGUUCUACAGGCAGGGGGGCGAUUUUAAAAAACUAGUUUACUGUCUUUUUCGAAUGGAGGACUACACCUCUUUGGAAGGCCUGAUCCACGAGCUUCCAGAUGGCCAUUCAUUAUUAUCGGAAAUUGCGCGAAUAUUCACUUUUGCCUCCUUGGCCGCACCCGCAGCUAAGGCAUUAUUAAAGGUAUGUGGCCAGCUGAAAGAAGCUGUGGAGAUUUGUGUUAAACUGAAUGACUGGGGCCUAGCCUUCCAACUGACACAAGUAUCGCUUUCGCCGUCCGGUGGUGACUCCGAUGAAGAUGAUAUCCAAACGAAGACAUCGCUAAGGCGUCGGUUGAUCAGUCAACUUCGAGCCUCAGUAAAUCGAAUGCUGGAGCAAUCUUGUCCAUUUGAGGCUAUUGAAAUGCUUAGAGGAGCUGGUUACUAUCUUGACGCCGCAAAACUCCUCUUUCGAGAAGUUAAACUAGCUCAAAGUGGAGGUGCGAAAUUGAAAAAAUUGAAGAAAUUCUACGUUAUGAUCGGACUUCUCAUUGAUAAGCACCACGAACAGUCCAAGUUGUGUACUGAGGCAUGGAAUACAUACGCUCUUAAUCCGAGUCACCAGGAGUCAUUGCUUACAGGAGAGAAAGGAGACACUUCGCCAUUCGAUUUAGGUGUAUUUGGCGGCCAGGCUACACCUGCUGAAGGCUCACGAAGGCGCGGGACUAUAGACACUGAGGCACCGGCACAUGAAACGGAGAAUGAUCUCUUUCAAAUCCCUAACAGCUACGAAGUUACCAGACUUAUUGACCAACCAUGGCGUGGAGCAGAAGCAUGUCACUAUUUAAUGCUGUCACAACGUCACCUCUACUCUGGUCUGUUUGAACAAGCUUUGAGAACUGCCAUUCUGUUGAGAGACUACGACGACAUCUUUGACCCGAGAAAAAUACACAGCAUCAUUGGUACGAUGAUUGACUGGACCUGGUUUUUGGUGCUCGCAUUUAAAUCGUUCUUUGUUUACAUCGUUUCAAUUGAUCAUUUUCUGUGCUUCCACUCUGUUUUAGCUCUAUGUGCAGUAAAAUCGGGAGCUUUUGCAACGGCUUCAAAAGCGUUCAUGAAGUUGCAAAAUCUUCCUGGAUGGUCAACUUUAGAGCGCCAAAAACUUGACAAUCUAAUAUUUGAGAUUUUCACCAGGUAUCCGCCGAAGAACUUGGUAAAAUCUGCCUCAUCAAUUGAGCUGGAUGUGAUGCUAGAAAGAAAUGAAUCAUAUGUGAAUGUGGAUCCUCCUCUUUUGGUCUUUUAUGUCCUUAAAAUGGAGGUCGUCACAAAUCGAGAUCUUGGUACAGUUAGAGACAUGGGGGCUGCUGACUAA